AUGUCUGCUGCUAUCCCUCCCGGUGGUACUUGGUUCGACACCAUCAAGCGCUCUUUCGCUGAUGUCCCCAUUGAUGCCGGCAACGAUGAUGGAAUCUCGACCACCGAAUUCCUCGAAGCCGCUGAAUCCUUAGUGGCUCUGUUUGAUGUCCUUGGUUCCGCUGCCUUCAGUCCUGUCAAGAGCGAUCUCACUGGCAACAUCAAGAAAGUCAGAGACCGGCAGCUGGCUGCCCCUGGUGAGUCUGAGACUCUCCAGGCCCUCGUCGUGAACGAAUUGAAGACCAAGAAGCACGUUGCUACUGAGGGCCUCGUGUGGCUUGUCCGGGGUCUUGACUUCACCGCCCAGUCUCUCCGCCACAACAUCGACAACUCCUCCUCCGAACUCUCUGAAUCCUUCCGUAGUGCCUACGGAAACACCCUCAAGCCUCACCACUCCUUCGUGAUCAAGCCCAUCUUCUCGGCCGCCAUGUCCGCUACCCCUUACCGGAAGGACUUCUACGCCAAGCUGGGCAGCGACCCCGAGAAGGUUAGUGCCGCGCUGACGCGUGAGGUCGAGGCUCUGGAGAAGAGAGUCAACAUCCUGAAGGGCUUCCAGUCCCGCAAGGAAGCCCAGUGGUAG